AUGCAAAAAGAGGUUGUCUCGGUUUUGGCUGCAGUGGCAGAAUUAAUUAAAGAACGCAACGGGUCGGAAACUGAUGUUGAAUACUUCGCAGCUCUAAUCACAACCCUCGAGGGAUCCCCUCUCAGUGAACCGUCUAGAACUGCUGCUGUCGCUUUUCUUUUACAGUUGAUCGUUAAAAAAGUUCCGAAAGAAGUCCUCCAAUCGCAGUUCACAAAGAUCGUUCAGGUUCUGUACACUAAAAUGCUGGAAAAUUCGGAAAGUAGCGAGGGAUCUGCACUCAAAUAUUUGCUUUCGGUUUUAGGCGUUGUUUUACGAGCUCAACCUGCCGGGGUUUGGAAUGUCGCCAAUACCAAAAAUAUGGUAGUGUCGGUCGCAUCUCUCUGCGCUCAUGAGAAGCCUUGGGUACGAACCAUGGCACGUCGUGUUGUUAGAGCGGUGCUAACUGAUCCUAUUACUGCAAUGGAUAAUGGCCUCCAUCCCGCAUCCCCUAGCGUUGGAAUGUUUAUACAACAACAGCUACAAUCAGCACUCAGCUCCAAAAAUGGUGAAACGACAGCAAUGCGAUACCUGUGUUUACUCGAGGGAGUUAUGCAUAAAAUGCCCAGUCCUCUAUUCAAGCAACUCGCUGAAAAUAUCUUGUCUUCUUUCGCUAUUGCGGAUCCCAUGGUGAAAUGCAGCGCACUGCAAUGCCUGCACCGCUGCCUUCAACGUCAGCCAUGCGAUGCUGCACUUCCAGUUGAGACGAAUGUGUUGCUUGUUAAAGCUCUCAAACAGUUAUCUCCGCCUUAUGAAGACAUCACAGUAUGUGCUUACUGGAUGCAGGCACUUGCAGAGGCUCACGUAUGUCUUACUGCAAAGGAUCCUCACAGGUGUUAUUCGCUACUACCUGCAACUCUUGAGUUAAUGGUUAAGCUCUUUGACACUGGUGACGAGCAGCUCGCUCAGCUCACUUAUCAGAUUCUGGCUCGACUUAUUGAAAGGAGUGUACAAGAUAAUGAAGAAUGUGCCAAAAGCCUUCUUUCUUUGUUAGAUCGCGCUCUAAAUGUUCAUUCCACCACUGUAUGGAAAUAUGUUUUGAGAUCGCAGAUGCGCCUCUAUGAAAGCGCAGGCGCCGGAAUUAUAGGGGAAGAGUUUGAAAAAGCAUUGAAAACACUGGCACUAUUGCGUGAAAGUGACGAAUGCUUCUGCAAACAGGAACUUGACUUCGUAAGUGGUUUUCCAAGAUUCCCUCGUAGGUAUUUGUUCGAUUUGAUUCAUGAGAUUUGUUGCAAUGUGAGCUAG